AUGUCGAUUCUCCACAUCCCCGUCAACUCCAUCCGCCCUUCGGCUUCUACCACCCCCAAGCAACUGCGCUUCCUCGUCAUCGGUGCGGGUUCUCGCGGUAAUGCCUACGCUCGUGCCGUGACGACAGCUACACAGGGCACAAUCCACGCCGUCGCCGAGCCACACCCCUUCAAACGACGGGAGUUCGGCCGGAACUACAUCUGGGGACAGGGAUCGGCGAAGGAAGGCCAGGCAUUUGCCGACUGGCGCGAGUGGAUCCAAUGGGAAACCGAACGACGACGCACAGAUGAAGGCCCAAACAACAGCACGGGGAUACCAGCCUCAGGGGCCGUCGGAGUCGACGGUGUAUUCAUCUGCACACUAGACGAGACACACAUCGAGGUCAUCAAGGCCAUCGCACCGCUAAAUCUCCACAUCCUAUGCGAGAAGCCACUCGCUCUGUCACUGAACGACUGUCUGACCGUCUACCGCACCCUCCAACCACCCCAAGGCACUGACCAACGGCCACAAGCCCAGUCGAAGAUCUUCUCCAUCGGCCAUGUCCUCCGCUACAGCCCCCACAACAUCCUCCUUCGCAAACUCCUCCUCUCAGACCAAGUCAUCGGGGACAUAGUUUCAUUGGAGCACACCGAGCCCGUCGGCUGGUGGCACUUCUCCCAUAGCUACGUGCGCGGGAACUGGCGCCGCACAACACUCGCAGGCGACGGCUCCCUGUUGACAAAAUCAUGCCACGACAUCGAUUUCAUCCUGUGGCUCCUCUGCUCGCCGCCUUCGCUUGAGACUGCCGUGGAAGAGGGCCAUGAACCGCAUUUUCCGCGCAGUAUCUCGUCGGCGGGAUAUAUGACGCAGUUUAGACGAUCGAGGAAACCGGCCACGGCGGGGGAUGCUACAAAUUGUCUGUCUUGUCCUGCCGAGCGGGAGUGUAAUUAUAGUGCCCUGCGCAUCUAUAAUGAACGACAUCUGGCGAAGGGGAUUGCGGGUUGGCCGGUUGAUAUUGUUUGUCCUGAUAUCGAGGACGUAGUUCAGACGCAGGGUACUGCGGCGGCGGAGGAACAUUUGCUUGAGAAGCUGCGCGAGGAUUAUGAGGUCGGGAAGGAUUCGGAUUCGGAUAUUGCUUCGCGGCCUUGGUAUGGCCGGUGUGUUUACGAAGCGGAUAAUAAUGUCUGCGAUGAUCAGGUCGUUACUUUUGCUUGGGAUGAUGAGGAGAGUGAGCCGCGUCGGUUGGCGAAGACGGCUACGUUCCAUAUGAUAGCGCCAACGGAGAAGCAAUGUGAACGCCGUGGUCGUGUGUAUGGGACAAAGGGAGAGAUUGAAUACGAUAGUCGGACGAUCUCGAUCUAUGAUUUCGCUACGGCGAAGACGCAGGUGAUCGAUGUGCCGCCUCCGCCGCCAGAUCGGAAGGAGUCUCAUGGUGGUGGUGACUAUGGCUUGGCAAGACAGUAUGUCAGUGCUGUUGAUGCAGUGGUGAAUGGGGGGUUGGAUGUUGAGAGGGCGCAGGCGCGAUUUGUUGGAUGCACUUUGGAGGAAGCAGUUCGCAGCCAUGCGGUUGUCUUUGCCGCCGAAGAGGCGAGGCGCGAUGAGAGGGUUAUUAAGUGGAAAGAGUGGUGGGAUGAGAAGCUUAAGACUUCGGCUGCUGCUUGGGCUACGUGA